CUCACCUCUUCUCUGCCCUCACAGGCCUCAGGGGACACGCCUACCACCCCAAAACACCCCAAGGACAGCCGAGAGAACUUCUUUCCUGCAGCGGUGGCCCCCGUAGCCCCUGACCCUGUGCUGAGCGACGCUGUCCAGCGGCCCAGUGAUGCUCACACCAAGCCUCGCCCUGCACUGGCUGCCACCACAGCUGUCAUUGCCUGCCCUCCCUCAGCGUCAGCCUCCACCCCAGACCCACCUAAGGACCCUGGGCCUCCCCGGCCACACAGGCCCGAGGCCACCCCCAGCAUGGCCUCUUUCGGCCCAGAGGGAGAAGACCUGGCGAGAGUGGCAGAGGGCGCUGGCUUCUCGCCCCAGGAGCCACAGCACAGUCAGCAGGGGAAGACAGCCCCCACAGGUGCCCCAGCAGAGCCACACUGCUGGCCUGCGGAGGCUGCCCCCCGGACAGGCACCGAGCCCACUUGCAGCCAAGCCACCACCUCCAAGGUCCCCAGCAGUGGGAGUGCCCAGCCACCUGAAGGCCACUCGGGCAAGGCAGAGCCCAGCCGGGCCAAGUCACGCCUCCUGCCCAACAUGCCAAAGCUGGUCAUCCCCUCGGCCACCACCAAGUUCCCGCCUGAGAUCACCGUCACGCCACCCACCCCAACCCUGCUCUCUCCCAAAGGCAGCAUCUCGGAGGAGACCAAGCAGAAGCUGAAGUCGGCCAUCCUUUCCGCCCAGUCGGCCGCCACCGUGAGGAAGGAGAGCCUGUGCCAGCCCGCCCUGGAGGUCCUGGAGACGUCCAGCCAGGAGUCCUCGCUGGAGAGUGAGACGGACGAGGACGACGACUACAUGGACAUCUGAGCAGGUUGCCGGAGCCCACAGCACACCCAGGGACCGGCCAGGCCUGGAGUGCCCCUCAGCCUGGACCCUGGGCAAGGCCAGAGGCCACUUGGGACGCCACGCCCCACGCAGCCCCAGGCCCGCCCAGCCCGCUGCCUCCCGGCAUCGUCCUGCAGCCUGGACGAGCUGUGCGCACCGUGAGGAGCCAGAGGGAGGGCGGCCCGUCUCAGCCACGGGAAGGUGGAUGGGUUUCAGUCUGCACAGCCGGGCAGCAUCUUUUUCUAUGAAAUGUUGACUUUAUAAACUUGCCCACAGCCAGCCCGGCUGGCCACAU